AUGAGCCGUGUCGGUAGAGGCAGACGCACACGCGUCUAUGAUUGCAACUACAACAAAGGAGAGAGCUAUUAUCGACCUGUGCUCGAUCGAUUAGACGGCAAAGUUCCAGUUGCCAGCGAGCCAGAUCGAGACCGCAUACGAUUUGACGUCGAGAACCGGAUCAAAAGCGCCUUAGAUGACAUCGAGGUUCCAACAGAUGAACUUUUUGAUUCAAGAGGAGCGCGAGCACAACGUGGGAGGCCACUUUCCUCUGCUUUCGAAGAUGAUGAUCUCAAUGAUGAAAUCACCGAAUCUCUUAAGCGUCUCCGCGCCAGUAAGAAAACUUCUCGUCUCACUGAUGAUAUUGAUUUUGAGAACAGCGUCUCAAAUUUUGAAAAUCGUAUGCGAAUUUCUGAUAAAAUUUUAGAAUCUGUAGGAAUUGGUCAAUCUGAUGUAAGCGGAGCUAGACGAGCCCUGCAGGAGAAUGAAGAACGCACAGAGAAACGCAUUGCACGCAGGCUAAACGAAGACAAUUCACUUACUAAGUGGACUGCCUUAAAAAAUUUCGAUGAAGAAACAGCUGCUGCUCAGCGAGCAAAAGCAACAAGAGCUCGUCUGUCCAACUUAGAAGAUGAAAUGACUGAACUCUCUGAAAAAAGUGCUGCCAGGGAAAAACGUGCCGCACGUCUACGUGCUUUAGUAGCCGAUACUGAUUCGUCAGACACUACGAUGUCAUCCUCAAAAAUUACCAUUCGCUCAGAGAAGGAAAAGAAACAAGUCACAUUUUAA